AUGCACAACUCGCAGAAGAUCGCCAUGAACAGUCCCAGGUUUCUUGAGAUAUGGCCGAGCCAGUUCUGUGGCAAGUUCGCCGUGGUCGGUGCCGACGCAGAGAGCUUUCUCGACCAUUGUGUCCCCAGAGCAAAGCGUCCGACGCCUGCGUGUCCGCGCCCAAGGGGAGGUGUCUUCAGAGUCCCGGACCAGAACUGCGACAGAUAUCUGCAUGCAUUGACAAACGCAAUACUGACCGGGAUAAAGACCAACGGAUUAGACACUCUCGUCUGCUCUUUUCCGCGCGAGCAGCGCAUCGUCUUCAACAGCAACCGCCGUCAGGCCAUGCCCCUGGACCUAGGGGCGUGCAGUCCGACUGACAAAUGCAUCGGCGAACCGAGCAUCAUCGCGUGCCUUCCGUGCUAUCCCAUUCUCCCCGUCACCACAGGAGCCACCUGGUGGGAUAUUUCCAUCGUCGUCGACGUCGACGCCGCGGCCACAGACGACCCAAUCACCGAGUUCCGCGGAAGCCACAUCCCCACGCUCACCCGCAUCGAGCGCAGCGUGAACUGCAUCAUGGUCGCUCAGGGCCGCCUGUUCGCCUUCGCGGUGGGCGUAUACGGCCACACCGCCCGCAUCUACAGGUUCGACCGCGCUGGCAUCAUGGUGUCUCCGGCCUUCGAGUACGCGAAGCAGCCCGACAUCCUCCACGAGUUCCUCUGGCGAUUCCUCAAUCCGACCCAAGGCGGCAGCAGCGUCAUUGGCAGCGACCCCACCAUACGGGCGCCCACCGACGCCGAGUACAAAUGGGCCACACUGCUGGCACGCCAACACGAGGACGACGCACAACAAGGGCGCCAGAUCAUCGAGCAGCAGCACGCAUGCAGGCUGUUCUCCGUCACCGGCCGACAGGGCCACGCGUCGCAGUACCUGGGAUACAGGGCCCUCGACAUGAGCACGGGCGACCGCGUCGUCGUCAAGGACCUGUGGCGCCCGAUGUCGCGACCGUCGGAGAUACGCUUCUACGAAGACAUCCAAGCGUACUCCGAGUGGUGCUGGAAGAGAAGAGGCGUGCGACGACGCCGACGUCCAGCCCAACCCGGACUGGCCCAAUUCCACUGCGGAGAGGACUUGGGCGGCGUCGAGCAGCGCAACCGACUGCCCGGGGCCAGAGCGACGCAGACAGGUAUCGCGGUCUUGUCGUCGCUCCAUCACCAGUCGCUGGGACCUGCCACCGGCCACCAGACUGUCUCUGCUCGACUGCUGGGGAAGGACGACUGGCGGGAGCACGAGAAGAGCCACGAACGAUUCGUUGUCGAGUCGGUCGGGACACCCUUGGCCAAGUUUGGGCCAACCAAAGAGCUCGUCGAGGCCAUCCGCGACGCCUUGCUUGGCCACAAGCGUGCAUUCGAUGCCGGCGUGCUCCAUUGCGACGUGAGCGAGGGAAACGUUCUCCUCUGCCGACACCCGUCUGCUGGCUUCAAGGGAUUCCUACACGACCUCGACAUAGGCUUCGAGUGGAAACAGUUCCUGGGGUCCCACGGGUGGACAGCCGACGUGGAGAGCUAUGAACAAUUCGUGGCGUCGGGCGAAGGUAUAGCGCAACCAAAAACGUCCCGCGCAGGCAACCCUCCGACGGGAAAGCAGCAGCCGCAUUGCGCGCGCCGAAUGGGAACAUUCGUAUUCUGCUCCGUGAAUCGCCUCCGCGAGAAGGCGCUGGGAGCCCCACCGCGACCGGCGCCAGAGCUGUCGGACGACCUCGAAUCCUUCUACUGGCUCCUGGUCUGGAUGAUCCUCCGCAGAGGGGGCUACAUCCUCAGGAAGGACAUCGGGCCCUUCCAGUUGUCGACCCUCUUUCCCGCACACCCCAGGUACACUGCCGCGUUGAACGCCAAAAUGGCGUGGCUACAGAAGAACAGCAUCAGGGUGCCGAACGACCGCCCUUUGAGCACGCUGCUGAACGAGUUCCGGAUCCUGUGCAUCCGCAACGUCAAUUGGCCUGAGGCCCCCCUGGGCUUUGGUGGGCGAGGGGCUGGGAACGGGGCAGGAGACGUCGGAGCGGCGCCACAAAAUGAGGACGGCUCUGGACCGGUGGCAAAAGAGGAACCACAAGGGCCAUCCGUGUAGAGUAGCAGCUCGGGACGUGUCUGCGGUGCGAUUCAAAAUAAGCUUACUGGACUUCGAACGCGCCUUCGGCCUCAAAUUCACCCCGCCAUUGGCUUUGACAAUGUAACCGUACUGUGUAAUGAUUCUUCAUGUACCCGAGGCGUAACCUACCUAUACCAGCCGGGAUGGAGACUAAUCGCGGUGGGUGUGUCGCAGACAGGCUGCGGCAUAGAGCGGUCAACCAACUUGUGCGACUCGACUGCGGUAGACAACGGUACGCACGGGACGUAGACAUAUCCACUUACACCUCAAGUUGGAGUGCAUACGGAACAGUGGAGGCCGUACAACGGCUCGUCCAGGACCAUAGCUUCAGACCAAUUACCGUAGAACCUCAGGAGGCAGCCCAUUUACGAAUCUGCCGGUCUUCCUACCCCACUCCGCUCGCGCAGAUAGGCUGACCCGCGCCCAG